GCAACCAUCAACAUCUGAACUUCACUCUUGGCGAAGAUGUCAUGCCACUAUGAGGCGCAGGAAUCGUUCGCUGCUUAUGGCUGACCUCUUGGGAGCUACUCUAAUGCGAUUCACAAGUCCCGAAGAUUAGCUUUUGCACAAGGUCACAAUGAUCGUAGGCCAAGAGCUGCUGUACUGACGUCACGGUUAAACUUGAACUUGGGUGAUUUUCGCGGCAUGGUCAAUGCUGCAGGGUGCUGCAGUAAGGUACUCAAGGCCGCCAUGUCCUCAAAACAUUCCUUUGACCUCCGUUUGACCUACACGAUGACCACUCCUUGAGCAUGUUCCUAAAUCUUGGGUUCUUCGCUUAGCAUAUUGGACAUGUUCCGCCGGACUUGUCAGGUCUUUGUGCUCGCACUAUAAAGUCUUCCCCGCAUUUGUGGUCUUUAUCCCCUCAAGUCAUUGCACCACUUCCCGAUCUCGGGUCCUUUCUAAUUUCCAAACUCACCACUACUUGCCACUCAGUCAUGUCUCGAAACCGCGUCUUACAAGUCGAGUUUAGAUCCGACACGGUCCACCGGCUGACCGACAUUUCCGCUAGUAAAGAGCCAGACCUGCUAGCUGUCUUCCCGUUCCCCAGAAAGCUAGAAAUCUCUGAUACAAUAGGGUGUAUGAUGCCUACCGUUAGCCGAGCUAGGCUAAGCCUACUCAACCCCCCUCAGAACAAACCAAACAAAGAUCCAAUACUUGUUGCCUUGAUGUGGGCUCGCGGACCAGAUAAACACGAUGCUCUUCUCAAAAAAUGGUGCAUAUAUAAAAAGAAACUGGCCGACCUUCAAGGGGACGUUAUACCGAUUUGUCAUGGCUUGUUCACAGCUCUAUAUGGCGACGUGCGGAUCUCAUGUUUAGUUCUUGAAUGGUGUAUACCGUUUUUGACUAUCUACGAUGAUGGACUUAGCCAGACGAGGCUAGAGGCCGUUCGCAAGUUGCAUGCCAGAGGUAUUUGUCAUGGUGCGCUGCAGGAUCGCCGUAAUUUCAGAGUAGGGAGUGACGGAAAGAUUCGCAUUAUCGGUUUUGGCAAAGCUACUGAGCACAAGUGCCCUAACGCUAUCCCAUCAAAGUCAGUCGAUAGGAUAGGAAGGAUUUGCCAAGAGUUAGACGAGUUCGAAAGCUCCUACUACAUGCCGGGCACGAUAUGUGAUUUCACUGGCUUCUGUGAAUCACGUUGUUCUUCUUAUCCUCAUGUAUAGAUCCCUAUUUUAAUUUCAACGUAGUGGCCACAUAGG